AUGCCUAUCUAUCGCAGCAUUAGCGUCAAACUCCACUCCCAAUUCGACAUCGAAACCUUCCCCGAAUACGUCCCGCGCUCGCAAGACUACUACAUCUCGCGCGGCCUCCCCGUGCCCGCCGACACCCCUCGCUUCGAGGACGAGGCAACUUCCACGUGCAGCGUCUACAUCCCCAGCUAUCCGGCCUCCCAAUUCUGGUUGAGCUACGCGGUGUCCCCGCCCGUGCCUGAGGAUCAACAUUUUCUGUUCAAACUCUACAUCAAUGGCGCGCACAUCGUGAGCUGGAGCACCGGGAAAGAGGAGAAAUGGAAGGGGAAGACUAUGUUUGCGCUUUUUGAAACGGAGGAUGAGGGGGGACGGAACAGGGUUGAGAAGAGGGUGUUGUGUUUUGCGAAGCCUGAUCCUACGGAGGGAACGGAAAAUGGUGUGGGAGGGGGUGGGUGGUUUGACGAGGAGACUUGUUUGGAAGUGAGGGUACAUCGGGCGCUAGGAAGGAAGAGGGCGGAGAGGAAGAUUGAGGAGUAUGCGGGGACGGAGUUUGGGAAGUGUGAGAGGGGCGUUAGUCUUGUGAACGCUGGACUGGCGGGCUCGGAGCAGCCGAAGAAGUUCUACAAGCUUGCUUUGGUCGACCCGGUGGACAAGCCAUUUGCGACAUUCCGCUACUACUAUCGCACUUGGGCGCAGAUCCUCGAGAUGGGACUGUCAGAAGAUGAGAUCGUCGAGAAUGGCGAGGACAAUGACCUGUCCGUUAUCGAGCCGGAAGAUACUGACGACAGCCGGAAUGACAGAGUAGAAGUGCGGGAUUUUGCGCCGCAGGACAGUGGAACCGUCUUUCGACCCAGCAACGACGGUGCGGGUGACCCUCCCAAAAGCCCACGCAAGACCUACAUAAACACAGCGAGCCCAAGAAUCCGCGGUGGUGGGUCCGGUAUUCACUCAGAUGAGUACGCACGAGCACCUUCACAUCACGAUCUCAGUCGCACUCCCUCAAACUAUCGGCUUUCAGUCCCACCUUCCUGCAGAUUCGAUCCACCGCAACCAUUACGGCGAGCUUUACCCACGAUACCGCAAAAACACGAUCCAGCUGCGGACACAAGCUACAAGCCUCAUCCCGUCUACCCGAUCGACGACUGGGAGAGGAAGACACCCAGUCCGGUGCAGUCAUUGAGGGAGACCAUAUCCACACCCACUAUGGAGCGGCCUAAGAGGGGGGCUGACGCCCACGGGGUGGUUGAGCGCUAUGGCUGGCGCAUGGCGGCGUCGUGGUACACCGUCGAAUCUGUCGAGUGA